CCUUCUCCGUGAGCGCGAUCGCGUCGAGUGAAGGCAAGGCGCGUGCAUACGCACUCGCGCGUUCGCACACACGCAGAAAUCGCGGUCGCCCCGACGGACACCUGUUGCGGCAUCAACCUGAGCACAGUCGACGCCGAGCAGUCGCGAUCGCGAGGUGGUUCCUGAGUUUAAGUUCGCCGAGUGAAUAAACACCGUUGGCUAGUCUUCGAGGGAUAUUCGCGAUUUCUGGCAACUUUUAAAUUUUACGAGCACUUGCGCUACGAGGGUCAGCUCGGAAGAUCUUGAAAUACAAAGAAAUCAUUUACUAACGAGCUACAACUGAAGGAAACGUUAUUAAGAUCAAAUAAUAGUUAACAGUGCACAAACAAAGAAAAUGUCAUUGAAAUUGGCGGACGACCAGCGCUUUGCGUUAAUGAAGUUUCGGCGGUCCGUGCAAGAUAUCUUACAGCCGCAACACGAUGAUUACUUUCUGCUUCGUUGGUUGAGAGCGAGAAAAUGGGAUCCUACUGCGGCGGAAAAAAUGCUGAGAGACUCGAUGCAAUGGAGAAAAACUUGGGAUGCCAAUAAUUUGAUUAAUUGGAAUAUUCCUGAACAAAUAAAACCUUUUCUUCCUCACGGACUAAGCGGAUUCGACAAAGACGGAGCACCAGUGAUCAUUGUACCAUUUGCCGGUAUGGACAUGUACGGAACAUUGCACGUAAUAUCGCAGAAGGAUUUUGUCAAAAUUAUGAUAAAAUUAUUAGAUGAUUAUUUAAAUAUAGCCAGGGAACAAGCCAAGACACAUGGACAGAUCGCCAAUCAAGUGACUGUUAUUUUUGAUAUGGAAGAUUUUAAUCUUAAGCAGUAUUUGUGGAAACCAGCUGGUGAACUGAUCAUUACUUUCAUUCAAAUGUACGAGGCAAAUUAUCCCGAAAUUCUAAAGAUGUGCUAUUUGAUAAACGCUCCAAAAGUAUUCGCUUUCGCUUUUUCCAUUAUUAAGAAAUUCAUGGACGACUAUACAAUAUCGAAAAUGCAAAUCAUCAAAGCAGACCCAGCGAAAUGGAAACCAGCAAUUCUCGAACUCGUACCAAAGGAUCAAUUACCUGCCCAUUAUGGUGGAACACUAACAGACCCAGAUGGCAACCCAAGAUACACUUCAAAAAUCUGUCAAGGUGGUAAAGUACCUAAAGAAUUGUACACCAAUAAUAUGGAUAAACCAAACGAGGAUUAUACUACUGUCGUCGUUCGAAAGGGAGGGAAGUUAGAAUUCGAUAUUUCUGCACCUGAAGUGGGUUCUAUCUUAAGCUGGGAAUUUCGAAGCGAAGGUCACGACAUUAAAUUCGGAAUUUUAAAGAAGGAUGCUACUAACGGUAUAAAAACAGAAGUUAUACCUAUCCGAAGGGUCGCAUCUCACCAGUCGGACGAAAUUGGGAUAUUAACCUGCGAAACUCAGACGACAUAUUCCGUUGUUUUUGAUAAUACAUACAGUUUUCUAAGAAAUAAAAAAGUUCAUUAUUCCGUACGUAUGCUACCACCGGCGAGAGAAGCGGCAACAAUUAUGUCAUAAAAGGGAUCAUCUUUUAGGAAAUUUAUAGUAAUUAGUUUCUGAUAUUUUUUAUUUGUAACAGAUUAAAUUUUGGAAGGAUAUCAUGUUAAAGCUUUAUAGUAAAUUUAGGUACAAGGUGAAUUCUUUACAAUUUAUAGAUUUGAUUGCAGUAUCUUAAUUGUUUAUUUAUUCGGCAGUUCUUUUUUCCUUAUAUCCUUAUUGCUCGAAAGAUUAUGUAAUUCUUAGUUACAAUGAUAUAUAUGCAGGUAAAUGCAUAAAAAAGUAAAUAUAUCCUAUUAUUUUAAUUUAGAUGAUCGUUAUUUGUAGUUCUGAUAUUUCGUUUCAAAAAAGGGUAACGGAAGGAAUAGUGAUUAUAUGAAAAGAAUAAACAUACAAUACAAAAAUGCUCGUUUAUGUACGUUUAUAAAUCAAGAUAUAUAUACUUUUUAUAAGAAAAUAAAGAAAAGCAUAUAUUACAAGUA